AUGAAAUCUUGGCCUGGGGUGCGGGCGGCGUGCAGGGACUAUGCUGGGCAGAGCCGCAGCAGGUUGAUCUCCACAGGGUACUAUCAAGGACCUCCGGUGCUGGCGCCUCCACAGUAUGGCUAUGCUGCUCCGCCGUCUCAGAGAAGCCCUGGUUCCCUCUGGGGGUGCAUAUGUGAGGACCCAGGGCAUGUGAUUGAUGCAUGUUCAACUAUUCCUGCUUUUAAGGAAGUUUUGCUUGAUCAAUCUAACCCAGUGCAUAUGGUUUCUAAGAAUUCUUCUGGACCUUAUUCUAAUACUUAUAAUGUAGGUUGGAGAAAUCAUCCAAAUCUCAGUUGGAAAAAUGACCAAGUGGGGCCAUCUACGCAGGGACCAAGUCAAUAUAAUCCUUAUGCAGCUGCUGUCCACGGCUUGGGACCACCUCAUUUUCCAAAUCAGCCGCCCUCAAUGCAGAGAAGAGGAAUGGAAGACUCCAUACAGCAGCUAACUGUUAGCUUGCAACAGUUUAUGCAGAGUCAGAGCAUGAUCAACAACCAGAACUCCCAGACCAUCAAUGACAUCAGAGGGACUCUAACUAGAGUAACCACCACUUUGAGUAACCAGGAGAAAGGAAAAUUUCGAGCUCAACCCCAACCCAAUCCACAAGGGCACAGUCAAUCAUCUCAAAAUACUGGUGAAGGAAGCAAUGUGAAAUCAGUCAAAGCUAUUACAACUUUGAGGAAUGGUAAGGUUUUGGGUGACCCUGUCCAUGGUGCAGAAAGUUCAGGUAAAAAUGCUAACCCUCCUCUUGAUAGUGGUGAGUCAAGCACUUUAAUUUCAAAUAAUGAUGCAUAUCUCAUACUUGCACCGUUUCCACAACGUUUUCUUUCUUUGCACAAGGAUAAACAACAUGCUGAAAUCCUAGAAAUUUUUAAGCAAGUUAGGAUUAACAUUUUACUUCUAGAUGCUAUAAAACAAAUUCCUGCUUAUGCUAAAUUUCUAAAGGAUUUAUGUACUGUAAAACGCAAACUGAAUGUGUAG